CAGGCAGUACUACAUCCCUGAUACAUCUCAGCAUUACUGUACAGCAGAAAAUCCACUCCAUAAGCCAUGAAUGCAGAAGCCAAACAGUUAAAGGAUCUUUAUGAUGCUGCCGGCUUCCUGACAGCUAUUGAUGUUCUGGGGAAGGAAGAGCUCCAUCAGGCCUGCAAGGAACAUGCAAAACUAGAGGACACAUUUGGCAAGGAAUACACACAGUACAACCUGCACAACAUCCACAUGCAAUAUGAGUGGGUGAUGAAUCUGGCUGCUCAUCCCAAACUACUGGACACCAUCACUGCUGUGUUAGGACCCAACGUUAUUCUCCUGGACUCCAGGUUUAUCUGUAAAUACCCUUCCUCUGACGUCCCCCACAAAGAUAACACUGCUCCGUAUGUUGCUUGGCAUCAGGACAUGAAGUAUUGGGGAUUUGAAGGAGGACCUGUGGCUUCUGUGUGGCUGGCAUUUGAUGAUGUGGAUGCAGAAAAUGGAGUCCUGCAAGUUAUUCCAGGAAGUCACAAACAAGGCAUUUUGGAACAUAGAGUGGCAGAAAUCCCAGGAAACUUGCUGACUACAAACCAGGAAAUACCCCGACACUUGGUGCAGGUGGAGGAUUUGGUUGAGUGUCCCCUCAAAGCCGGACAGAUGUCUGUCCAUGACGGACUAACAGUUCAUGCCAGCGAAGCCAACAUGUCAGAGAGAAGAAGAUGUGGGUUUGUCAUCCGCUAUGUGCCCACAACUGCAUAUCCUGUCAAGGAUCCCGAACGUCCCAGAACAUUCCCUGCAACUGUCCUUGUGGCUGGAACUGACGAGUUCAAUCAGUUUGAAGAUCACGCACCUAACUUUUUCAGCAAGACUCAUUAACUGAUGAGAAACAUCUCUGAUCCUUUAGUUCUUCCUUCAUUUUUACAGUUCAGAUGGAAGAUGAUUCUAGAGAAUUUCCAUGUAUAUAUAUUUAGGUGGUCAUUUUCAUGACGUUUUGAAGCUUUAUUUUAAAACUGGAAACCCUGUCUGCCAAGUGUUUUUUGAUUUGUUAAAUUAUUACUGUUUGUGCUGCAUAGAUUUAAAUGUUCUAAAUAAAAUACAUGCUGGCAUUAA